CUCUUAUGGAGUACUAAGCCACACUGAAGAAUUUGGGCUUAAGAGUGAGGUUUUGAAGGUGACUCUUGCAACUGACGUCGUGAACUGAGUGUGAAUAUCUACUGGAUGGGCAAGCAAGUUUCCAACCCCAUGCCCUCCCAUCGAUUCUGCUGCCUGAUCCGGCUAGAGUUUAUUAGGACUCGCAACUACCUCGGAGUUCACUGCUGUAAAUAUGGGUAACACCCUACCAGUGCAUGAUAUGUCGGAAUCCACAGGUAAAAUCGAAUCUAUGUUGCUUCAAAAGUUACUCCCUUUUGUCUGUUCUUGGCUAGAACAAGGUCUGGUCAAAAUAAGAAUGUUUUUUGUUCCAUUUUAGUUGGAGUUUGGGUUUUCAAAUCUGGGCCAGAUUAGUUGGAUUUAAUAAUUUGGUUUCUAAGGUGCAGCAGCCAUAGGAUCUCCCAACAAGGAGGAUCUUGCAACAAUGACAUUGAUCAAGAAUUGGAUGUUGGAAAUUAUGGUUUGGCAUUGUUACUUCUCUUACUCCUGUUUCAUGUCCCAAUCUGAGGUGACUCGUGUUGGUAAUCAUGUAAUUUUUCCUUCGUGCUUCUAUUCUUCCUAUACGCUUUAGGCAUGGCAUGUUGUGCACUAACAUUUUGAUUAACAAUACAACACAUGGUCAUACAUAUGGUAUUGUUGCACUAUUUUUUUGUUGCAACGCACGGGUAUUCAACCAGGGCAUCUCAGAUUGGGAGUGGGAGGAGGAUGAGGAGAUGAUUUGGUGCUACCAGGGACAGGCCCCAUCUCCUAGAAAUGGAUCUUCCUCCUUUGCAUGGGCAACUUGUGCAUCGGGCUACUCUUCACCAACAGUGUUCGGUAUGGGAGCCACAAAUAGCAGCACGAUGGGAAUGCAGCAGCAGCAGCAGCAAGGGGUAUACGGGAACAUGCAGGCAGGUGCACAGAACGUGCAAAGUAUGGUGGGCCUUCAGAACCAGACCCAGAAUCCCAACUUCACUCAGCAGAUUCAACAAAACCAACAAUGAUUCAACACUAACGGUCAUGGAGGUUGAAAGAUGAGCAAUAUAGCCAUCGUUUUGCUAUUUGUCUGUUGGUCUUUACUCAGCUUAUCUGUGAGACUGAUAGUAGCCCCAGGUUGAUAGCCUUCGUUUUUCUGUAAAUCAAUGUAGAUGCAUCGCCAUUAGCGAGAUGCAGGUCAAUUAUAUACGUUGUAACUGUGUUUUGGAUAUGUGAAUAGUGUUACGUGUGUUCCUUUUAUUUAUAAUUAAGCCUCGCAGCAAGGCCGAC